GGGUUAUAAAUACAGCCGAGGAGGAGCAGCGGAGCAGCAAAGAGCCUGUCUGGAAGGGGAGCUAAACACUGCCCGAGCGCCUCCUUCCCUUCCCAACCCUUCCCAUCCCUUCCCAUCCUAUUCCAUCCCAUCCCAUCCUAUCCUAUCCCACCCCGCCGGAGCCGGGCCGGCUGCUGGACCAGGAUGACGGCCGCGGCCACCACCGGCACGCACAAGGUCGCCAGCACCAAGGAGGAGAGGAAGUUAAGGAAACCCCUCAUUGAGCGGAAGCGAAGGGAAAGGAUUAAUAACUGCUUAGACCAGCUGAAGGAGACUGUUGUGGGUGCAUUUCACCUGGAUCAGUCUAAACUGGAAAAAGCAGACAUCCUGGAAAUGACAGUGAAGCACCUCCAGAACAUCCAGAGCAGCAAGAUGAUGGCUGACUCCAAGGUGGGGCUGGAAGCCCAGCAGAGGUACAGCACCGGCUACAUCCAGUGCAUGCACGAGGUGCACAACCUGCUGCUCACCUGCGAGUGGAUGGACAAGACCCUCGGGGCGCGCCUCCUCAACCACCUGCUCAAGUCCCUGCCCAGGUCCGGCGAAGACACCUGCAAAGCGGCGCUGAGGUCUCUGAGCCCGUCCCUGCAGCCUCUCCUGACACAGAAAAGUCCCCUGAGCCCCAAGGGCAGCGCUCGAGGCACAAACCCGUCACAGGAGCGCCUCUGCCCUGCGGAGAGCAAGCAAGCUUCCAAAAAUUCCUUCCAGCUGCCCUCCCUGUCCGUUUUCAACCAGGUUGAUGCUGCACCUCCCAGACAGGUUCUGCAGCCAAAUUUUUCCCAUAACAACCCCAGAAUGGGGUCAUUAGAUAUGUGGAGACCGUGGUAAAGUGUGUUUUCGAUUUUUGUCCUAACCUUAGACACUCUCACGUAUGUAUCUUAUAGAUAUGUUUCUAUAAAACACUUGUGGAGCAAAUCUGUUCCUGUAGGUGUACUAAAGACCUGGGUACUUCAAGCCGAAGUAAACCUAUGUGUAGCCUGCAUUGUAGAAGGCUGCUAUUAUUUUUUUAUUUAUUUAAUACACCUAAAUUAUU